ACAUGGCCACAGCAUCCUCCAUAGACGACCAAAUCUCCUGCAGCCUCUGUUUGGAGAUCUUCAUUGAUCCGCGCGUACUUCCGUGCGGACACACAUUUUGUUUGACGUGUCUCCAAAAUCACAUCGACGCCAACAACACAGAUGAUACUUUCGAGUGUCCAAACUGCAGGGACAUGGUCGGUGAUGACUCAAGACCGACAGCUCAACAAGACCCAAGUAGACUGGUAAUUGAAUCUUCCUGUGAAAUGAUAAAGAAGUUCAGUCUUUCUAUAGAACACCAGAUGAUGUCAGACAUUGAGAGACUACAGCGAAGCGUCGACGUCAGCGCGACACAGACUGCGGCUCAGAUGCAAACACAAGGAGAUGAACUGAUUGCGGAGUUCACAACAGCAGUCCGCACUGAACUGGAAAAGAGGAAUUCAGAACUGGAAAAAUGUCGUCAGUCUGUUAACAACGAAAUAGUUGAAUUGUUCACUGAUGCUAACAGACUGAUAGAGGAAAGUAAAGAAUGUAUGAAAUUGGGAGAAAUUCUCCUCAGAUCUGCGUCACUUUCUGAUAUGAAAAGACAUGUUUCCAAAUUUUCAAAAAUGCAAACGAUAACAACUGAUUAUUUAGCCACACAGCAUCCUGAAUUUCCUAAUUUGGCAAUAACUUUAGUUGAGCCUGAGAAAACAGGAAACAAAACGUUUUCUGUGGAGAUUGGGAAAAUUUUGUGA